AUGGAUUUCCUGCGCCAGAACCUCCAAACCUGGUUGACCCUGCAGAAUACUCAUUUCUUCAUUCGGCCUUUGCUUCGCACCCUCAUCUUCCUGGACCUGGACGGCUUCCCCUCGCAGCACUGGGAAGCCCUUGUGCGCCUACAACCUCGGGCCAUCGUCGAGACGUCGCCGGGCAACUUGCAAGCAUGGUUCACACUAGACACAACCUCCUCAGGACCCACGGCUGUCUACGUGACCAAGGAGCUUGCAAAAGCCUUGGGUGGCGAUCCCGGCAGUACGGCCAUGGGUCAACAGGGCCGUCUGCCAGGGAGCAUCAAUGUGAAGCCCGGGCGGGGAAACCACAAGGCCACUAUGUUGAUGGCGGACCUGCAAUGCCUGAAUGAGAAGGAGUUUCUGGCAGUCACAGCUGCUCCAAAACUCGCGGUAGUUGGAGACAGUGUGGUGAGGGCGCCGGCGAAGCCAGUCUUCAAGGCAGCGAAGCCCGAUGACAAGAGCGCGGCGGACUGGAAAGCCGCUUGCAGCUUCUUCGAGGGCAAUCCACAGGCGACGGUGUCCGACGCGAAGGCCGCGCUCCAAG